AUGCAUGCAUGCCUGGUUGCUCUCCUGACAGUGAGAGUGGCAGCAGCCUUGCAGCUGCCAGCGCUGCACAGACGGCAUAGGUCACUGAAACAUGCGUCGCAGCAACCUCCUUUGAGACGCCAGCGGCACGUGCGCUAUGCCGACGAGGCCGUCGCCCCCGCGCCGCGCGCCUCGAAGGCGCAAUGGGCGCAACUGAGAGAGCUCGUAAGGAAGGACUGGCCGCUCCUCGGCGCCGCUUCUGUGGCACUCACAGGAGCAGCACUCGCAGACGUCGCCGUUCCCCACUACUCGUCGGGAGCGCUCACGGCCGUCGUCGCCAAGGACGCUGCUCGUGUGCGCGCGCAGCUCUGGGGGUUGUCGAUAGCGAGCCUCGCGUCUGCCACUUUCACAGGUGUCAGAGGAGGCCUCUUCUGGCUCGCGGGCACGCGCGUCGUCACCCGUUUAAGGUUGGCGCUCUUCGGCGCCAUGCUGCGCCAGGAUAUUGCCUUCUUCGACUCUACAAGUACGGGCGAGCUCGCGUCGCGGUUGUCUGGCGACGCGGCCAAGGUUUCGGAUGUCGUGUCGUUCAAUCUGAACAUCAUCGCGCGCCAGACGCUGCAAGCAAUUGGGGGAUGCGUCUACCUGGUGGCGCUCGAUCCGCCGCUCGCCGCGCUUAGCUUGUGUGGCAUGGCGCUCGCAUCCUUCCUCACGGACGCCUACGGCCGACUCUCCCGGAAGUACUCCAGAGAGACGUCCGACCGCCUCGCGGCGACGGCGUCGACGGCGGACGAGGCCAUGCGCAACGUGCGCGUCGCGCGGGCCUGCGGCGCGGAGCCGGCGCUGUACGGUGCAUACGAGCGCCAAAUUGCGCGGCUUGAGCAAGUUCAGGACCGCGCGGGCCUCGUCUACGGCCUCUCGCGCGUCGCGCUCGGCGGCUGCAAGGGGCUGGCGGCGGUGGCGACGAUGGCACUCGGCGCGAAGCGGGUCGCCAGCGGCGCGCUCGCGCCGGACGCCAUGGUGCGGUUCGCGUUCUACGCCGCGUUCGUCAACGGGGCCGCUUUUGAUGUUGGCGACCAGCUCGCCCGGGUCGAGGACGCGCUCGGCGCCGGCGCGGCGGCCUUCGAGCUCGCGCGCCGCGAGCCCGUGUGGGACGGAAAAGCUCCGCCCUCGGCGCUCGACGCUCAUGACGCGCCCGCGUCGCCGUCGGAAGGGCGCGUCGAGUUUGAUGAUAUACGCUUUGCCUACCCGGCGCGCAACGAGUCCCAGGUGCUCCGCGGCGUCAGCGUGCGCGUGGACCCGGGCGAACGCGUCGCGCUCGUGGGCGCCUCGGGCUCCGGCAAGAGCACGCUCACGAAACUUCUGUUGCGGCAGUACGGCGCGACCUCCGGCCGCGUGCGCCUCGACGGCGUCGACGUGCGCGACAUUCCCCAGGCGGACCUCGCCAGGAGGGUAGCGUCCGUCGAGCAGGACCCGGCGCUGUUCUCCGGCAGUAUCAGAGACAACGUCCGCUUCGGUCUUACGAAAGACGAUCCCCGCGCGGCCGACGAGAAGGUCGAACGCGCCUGCGCCGCGGCCGGCCUCGACGAGGUCGCCGCGCGCCUUCCCCAAGGUCUCGAGACGGCCGCGGGCGCCGCGGGUACCUUGCUCAGCGGCGGCCAGCGGCAGCGUAUUGCUAUAGCGCGGGCCUUGUUGCGGGACCCAUCAAUAAUUGUGCUCGACGAGCCGUCGUCAGCGCUCGACGCGCGGAGCGAGGCGCUCGUCCAGCGGACGCUCGACCGCCUGGACUGUUCUUUACUGAUCGUCGCGCACCGCCUCGCGACGAUCAAGGCCUGCGACCGCAUCUACGUGCUCGAGCGCGGUACUGUCGUCGAGGCGGGUACUCAUUCUGAACUUGUCGAGAGCGGCGGCGUCUACGCGGGCAUGGUGGCGCGCCAGAGCUUCGGGGACUAA